AUGAGACUUUUGAAACCGCACUGGGUGACACAUGGAUCAAUCUCUAAGAAGGAUGUCCUACUUCGUCCAAUCUAUACAUUGGAUAUCCAUCCAGACGGAAAGCGUCUUGCUACUGGCGGUCUCACUGACGGUGGAGGUCUCAUAAUUCUCUGGGAUAUGUCCAUUAUUAGGGAUCCGAACAAGCAAUCUCAAUCGGCCUCGAAAAUGCUUUAUCAAAUGAAUAAUCACCAAGCUUGUGUAAACUGCGUUCGUUGGUCCCCUACUGGUCGGUGGCUGGCCUCUGGUGGUAUGGACCGCGUCAUAAUGCUGUGGGUAAAGACAAUCGCUGGUGUUAGAUCAAGUGCGAUGUUUGGUGCAUCUGAAAAGAUGAAAUUUUCGGAACACUGGAGAUGCGCGGCCGUUCUACGACAUCAUACUGGAGACAUCAUUGAUAUCGCGUGGGCACAGGAUGGAUCACGCUUGGCUUCAGCCAGUGUUGAUAACACGGUCGUGAUUUGGGGUAACUCGCCCACUAAUGAGAAGCAGCAGCCCUUUCAAUUUAUUGCCGUUUUACGGGGUCAUCGUGGUCCUGUCAAGGGUGUGGCAUGGGAUCCUGCGGGUCGGUAUUUAGCCACCCAGGCUGACGAUAUUGGUGUGCGUGUUUGGAGGACUGCUGAUUGGCAGCCCGAGAGCAAAGUUUCCACGCCUUUUACCAAUGCAACAGAUCAGGCCGAGGUGACGCGUCUCUCAUGGAGUCCCGACGGCUCAGUCAUUGCCGCUCCGCAUGCUGUUAACAAUAACUUUCCAACGGCUCAACUCAUCACGCGCAACCGAUGGCAGACUGGACUUGAUCUAGUUGGCCAUGAAAAACACGUUACCUGUGCACGAUACAAUCCCAAUCUUCUCAAGAAAGUUAAUGACAGUGAAUCACCGGGGAUGGUUUGCCUUGCUUUGGGCGGCAAGGAUCGGUGUAUCUCCGUGUGGACCACAUUGACCAACCGCGCAUUUGUUGUCAUACGCGACCUCUUCACUAGUUCUAUCACCGACUUAACUUGGAGUUCAAGUGGGUGUGAACUGCUAGCUUCUUCUCUGGAUGGAUCCAUAUCCUACAUGGCCUUCACUAAAGAGGAGUUGGGAGAACCCGUAAAGAUGGAGGAGGUUGCUCGGCUCCAUCGUAAGCUCUUUGGCCAGAGUCUCAUCGAUGGCCUACUUAACUCAUUGAAACCUUCACCUACGCCUCCUUGCAAUGGGGUGGACUCCAGCACAGGUCAGAAAGCGAGUGGUGAUGUAGUGCUGGAGACACCCGACGCACUGACACUGCAACGCUCACAGACGGACCUCCGACAGAAGCUGGUUCCCUCGGGCUCCUGUUCCUCUUCCUCUUCCACGCCCAACAGCAAAGUUGCUGUCAAACCACCCAGGAUAUCUGUUCAAACGGAAGUCCGGACCAAAGAUGGGAGAAGACGCAUUACACCAAGUUUUUUGGGCUCUUUGGAUUGUCUGGACGAGGAGCCACCGGCAACUUUCCCCAUGAUUGUCGAAGAACCCCCAAAGCUAAUGGAAUCUCCACCGACACUUAAGUCUGCUUUAGUAUCCGUUUCUCUGCCUAAAAUUCAAUUGAUUAAUAACGCGCCUUCCACUUCAACCAAUGGUGGUACUCCACCAGCCAAGAGCAGCGAAGAUGUGGCCAUCUUGUCCUCAGAUCCAUCUGACAGUCCUCCAGUGUUAUCUAAGGCGUCAGAAGAGCCACCAACUUCCACGAAAAGGCGUAAACGUGUAGAGAUGACGACGAUCUCGCAUGACACCAAAGUGAUUGAAAAGAAGGAAAAGUCUUGCAAAAAACGGAAGCGGUCAAGCAUAUUCUUUGACGACGAUGAGGAUGAGGCUAUUGUCAAUGUCGCUGGAUCCAGUUCUGUCCGACCCAGUCCGGUUAAGCCAAUGGACAAAUCGGUGGAUAAACAAGUUCGUGGAGCUGCUCCACCUGGAGGGUCCUCUAAGGCUCCAAAGCUGGCUGCUGUCUGGGCGAUGGACCAACUGGAAUUGUCAGGCAAUCGUGCGCAAUUUGUUUGCUGCCAUCCAGUUGAGGGUCCCAUCAUCGUCAACAUCACGAAUGGGGAAAAAGGAGAAGGUGCAGUUCAUCGAGUAUCUGCCUCUUGUUCCAGUGAUGGUAAUUCAAGAAACCUCUGGAGCCUCUCCUCGUCCCAUCGUUUUACCUCCCACGCCCAUGCUGACAAUUGGCUUGCCAUUGGAGAUGCAAACUGUCGACUUCGGCUACUCUGGAGCGUAGGAUCCUCGAUUUGCCCACCCAUACUCCUCGAUUCGGCGCCACAGCUGCUUGCGACAACAGUUGUUGACGGCUCUACGGUGCGUUUGGCUGCUCUUGCAGCGUCUGGUCGCCUCAUCGUCUGGACGCUGACUCCAAGGAUCCAAGAAAACACUCAACACCACUUUGGUUGUGGCAUUGAUCAGAGCUUACCAGAGAUUUUUGCCAAGACCCAUCUCGACACUUCCCGAUGUCCGGCAGUCAGUCUUGACUUCUCUCCAGAUGGGGCUGGACAUCUGGUGGUAAGACUCAAGUCUGGCUCCUGUUUUCUCUUCCACGUGAGACGUCUUCUUUGGAUCGAGUUGUUUGAUGCGGGUGAGGGCGAAGACAACUUCAAGCGACGUGUUGCGGCCACUAUCCAUCGCACCUGUCCCUCUGGACCCCUGGCUGCAAUGCAACAAUUUGGGAGAUUGGAAGUACCGGCAGCCGGUGAAUUAAUGAUUGCUACUACUUCUCAACGCAAGGAGUUGAGAGACUUUCACGACGCUCAGGUGCAAAUCGCUGAAUUGUUUGGCUCUGCAGCAGAGUUCAAGUUUUGGCUUUUGCGAUGGUUUCAACAACUCAUUGAAGAAGGUGAUCACGCCCGCAUUCGGCAGGUCUGUCUCGAUUUAAUCGGUCCAUUCUCGCCUACUAGUCAUACAUCUUGGGAACCGUCGAUUAAGGGUCUAUCGAAACGCGCUCUCGUGAGAGAACUCCUUACCUUCUUUGCGCUCAAUCUCCGACUGCAACGGCUCUAUGUGGAGAUGAAGGAACUCCUUGAACAAACUCAGGAAGCCGGCUAA